UCACCAGCAGACAAUUGCAGUACAUUCACCACUGUUUACAUUCAAUAACACACUUGAGAAGUAAAUCACAGUCUAAGAUCGUUCAUCAGAACACGCCUCUGUAGAUCAACAAUAAUGGAGGUUUUAGGAUAUGAAUUUCAAAUUUCAUCAACAUGGGUGCUGAUUAUGAUGUUGCUGGUUCUCAUCAUAUAUCUGUACUGCACGUGGGGUCACUCUACGUUUGCUAAGAUGGGAGUUCCCGGUCCUAAACCUAUUCCACUGUUUGGAAACAUUCUUGAUCUUAUCGGGGGCAAAACCCCAUUACACAUUAUACACAAACAGAUGAUAGAGAAGUAUGGAAAGAUUGUUGGGUUGUACGAAGGUAGAACACCAAUUCUUUUAGUAACAGAUCGUGAUAUGAUGCAAGAGAUAAUGGUGAAGAAAUUUGCAAACUUUCACAACCGAAGGAAAUUUCCACUUGAUAACGGAAUCCUCGACCAAGGUGUCAAUAAUCUUACUGACGAACACUGGAAAGAAAUAAGAAAUGUGCUAUCACCAAGUUUCUCAGCUGGUAAAUUGAAAAAGAUGUCUCCUCUAUUGAAUGCAUGCUGUGAUAGUCUAGUGGAAAAUAUUCUACAAAAGGAAGCUGCAAAACAGAGCAUUGAGGUUAUGGAAUUGUUUGGGGCUUACGUCAUUGAUUCUGUGGCAAGUUGCGGUUUUGGAUUAGACGUUAACUGUCAAAAAAAUAAGGACCAUCCAUUUCAGAAUCAUUGUAAGAAAGCAUUUGACGUCAGUUUUAGCAGCUUCAGCAUAGCAUCUGCCAUUCUUCUUCCAUGGACCGCUAGAAUUUUAAACUUGUUUCAAAUCCCAAUAACCCCAAAGGAAACUAUCACCUACUUUUCCAAUAUUACCGACCAGGUGAUUAAUCUACGCAGGAGAGAGGAAAGUGCAAAAAGAAUUGAUUUCAUGCAGUUAAUGAUCGACUCGGAUAACUCAGCUCUGUCAAAGAGGGCUCAACUAACCAACACUGAAAUAUUAGCGCAAUCAUUGACUUUCUUCUUUGCCGGAUACGAAACUACAACAACUGCCCUUUGCUAUAUCGCUUAUUUGCUGGCAAGAAAUGGUGAUAAACAGGAAAAACUAAUACAAGAGAUUGAUGACGUCACCGAAGGGAAAUCCGACAUCGGCUAUGAAGUGGUGGCUAAGAUGCCAUACCUAGAGAUGGUGGUUACCGAAUCAAUAAGAAUGUACUCACCUGCAACCAUCUAUGAUCGUGUUUGCACUGAGAGUUGUACAGUAAAAGGAAUUCACAUCCCAAAAGGAAUGAUUAUCGUAUUCCCAGCUUAUGCAAUUCACCACGAUCCAGAACUUUACCCAGAACCCGAUUCCUUCAAGCCGGAAAGGUUCAGCAAAGAAAAGAAACAGCAACGUCACCCUUUUGCGUUUGCUACGUUUGGUAACGGGCCUCGUAAUUGCAUUGGUAUGCGAUUUGCUUUGAUUGAAAUCAAAAUGGCGAUUGUGAGAAUUCUGCAGAAAGUCAAGUUCGAAGUUUGUGCAGAGACAGAGAUUCCACCAACUCCUCGUAAAAACGGAUUUCUUACUCCUGCAAACGAUCUAUAUUUGAGGGUAGUUGCCAGAAACUGAUCCUCUGACUGAAUAAAGCGCCACGCAUCGAUGUGUAGACGGACAGUGUAAUAAUGGGGAAUCCAAACAAAUUUGAAAGAACGAACUAAAUUAUUUAAUUUUAGAGGCGGAUUCAAGAGGACCCAUUUUUCAGAAAAAUAUAAAAACAUUGGAAAAAAAAAUUACAUUAAAAUUGUUAGUCUGAGAGUGCAUUUCUGGCCACCAAGAGGUGCCAUAAUCGAAAAUUUUCUUACCUCAGCCCCAACCAUGGUAGGGAUUAAGUGGUCCCUUCAUGUGGGCCCCCUCUAAUUCAAACUCCUGGAUCCGCCACUGAAUUUGAUAAUAUGAUGAGAUUGAAUACAAUUUUCAUUGAAUACAAGCUACUUAAAUAUUGGUAAUCACGUGCUGACUACCAGAUGUGGUUAAAUCCGGGCACUCUUCCUGUGAGUGCUAAUCGAUGACAUGCCGUCUGCUGAUUGUCUGUCGCACUCUAAACUGAUCGUCAUUAAAACAACCGUUGUGCGCAGAGCUGUAGAUAUCUACGGCUCUGGUUGUACUGUGCGUGCGUCGUGGCGUUGCAAUCUCCAUAGAAUCGCGUUGGGCGACGAACGUCGCGCAGUGAGUGAUCGGCUUUAAAAGUUACCUUCAUUUCAAUAUUGAUUAUUAUCAUAUCGUUGUUUUAGUCUAUCUAAGAUGUAUUUUAGUCUACAAAAGAAUACUACAUGCAGAUUGUAUAACAUACAGCAUACAGCAUACAGUAGAAAACUUGUAACAGCCUAUGAAGUCAGGACGUUGUUGGAGUGUGUUGAGUAUGACCCAGUAAAUAAUUCAGGAGAAAGCUGUAACGAACAAUCAGUACAUUUGUAUAAUCUGACACAAUGAUCCAUGGAACAAUUUUUAUUCUUUCAUGCAUGAUAAUGUUAAAAUCAAGAUUGCAAAGAUGUAGACACUGUAAUGCAGGUGAUGAUUUUAAUUGUGAACAAUAAAAAUCAAAAAUUAAACUAA